AAACAAAGCAAGACUCCCAUGAGCUUGGGCCUGCAUUCGUAUUGAAAUGACGACCCGAGUUCAAAAAGGAGGAGCAAUAUUCAGGCCUGCUAUAAAGGCCAGGGCGCGCUCUACAGUUUCUGUUGAACCUUCAAGUCAACGGGAUAUUCGCGAAUCAGAUGCCCCCCCACAGACGUCCUUGGGAUCAAUAACUACGCUCCCGUCUGUCGAUGUAACCGAGUCCAAUCCUUCGCCUGAAAACCGCCAAGUCCAAAAUUCAUUUAGUUCUCCACCAGCGCUUUACUCUCAAUCGUCCCGCAACUCCCAGGCACCUCCAGUCUUAGCCGUGUCUUCUACAUCCGCGACUCGUGUAACCUCUUCAGUUCCUCCCCUAAAUUCUUCCACCAAAUUUCACCGAUUUCUUCCCGAUGCUGCAGCCCUGCCUGUCGUCGUUUCUGUGAAUCAAUCUAGCUCCUUCCCCUCUUCCCAGGCUAUAUCACAAGUACCAGAAUCUUUUUUGCAACCCCAGGAUCCGCCUACCUACAUUGAUCCUUCCUUGACCAGCACUUUUCCUAUUGCCCCAGUCGUCCCCAUUCCCGAAUUCGGUACAUUUGACCAGCAGCUGACAACAUUUCAGCACAUUCUGCAUAAUUCAGGUACUGGUAAUGUUCCACAACUGGCCCUGGAUGCUGAAAGCAUACUGAAACCACCGCGACAAUCUGCCAGGCGGAACGCAACCUCUGAAACGCCUGUUGCACUGGACUCACAACCACCGCAAGACAAGCAUGUGCAAAAUGGCAUUGUGUCAACCGAAACGCGAGGAAAGCGUACUAAGAAGGACUUCCAGAAGGAGAGUCGGGAGCAGAAGCCGACUCGAAAGCGGAGGAAGUUGCAGAAAGAAGAUAAUAUAGUUGAGCCUGAACUCGACUCUGGAACCCCAACUCCCAAAAGGCGGAGACGAAGCUCGAGUGCCAAACUUCCCCCGCGGAGAAAACGGUCACCGUCUUUACCUCCCUUCGACCCAAAUAUUGACCCUGGCGAAGAGAUCGAUCCAACUGUUGUGACUAUGGCCCUUCUUUGUCAGGAUACAGGUCAAGGUCGUAUCAGCAGCAAAGCGGCCGAGAUUCAAGGCAAUCACACAGCCUGGAAAGCCCGGAAUAGGGAGAGACGGGCAAGAAUGAAAGUCCUGAUGGAGAGGAAGAAAUACGGACACCCGGAAAGUGACGAAGAGAGGGAUUCGACAGAAGUCAAUGCCAAUAAGCAAGGUUCUGCAGAGCUGCCUUCGACCCCUACUGGCCCCGUUGCAUCCUCAUCUGCUGCAAUAGAUGAGACGGGUAAUGGUUUCGAUUAUUCCCAGGGUUUAACCACCAGUCGUUACAACGUUCAGGUGCGAAUUGGGCCAAACGGGGAAACUAUUAUCGACGAGGAAUCAUUGACCGUUGACCGCGACGAAAACGACGAGACUGAGAAUUACACUCACGUCAUAGAGUCGGAUACUACUAAAUUUACGAACUCUGGCACAUAUGGGAAGCGAUUCCGUGGCUCUCGGUGGAGUGCAGAAGAGACAGAAUUGUUCUAUGAUGCUCUCUCGCAAUACGGGGAAAACUACGAACUCAUCGCCUAUGUUUUACCUGGCCGUGACCGGAAGUCUUGCAAGAACAAGUUCAAGACGGAAGACAAGAAGAACCAUGCACGGAUCAAUUAUUGCUUGAACCAUAGCAAGCCGGUUGAUGUGGGAACGCUUUCGCGUAUGACGGGGAAGGAUUUCUCUGGUCCAGUGCCACAAAUCUUGGCGCCAACGCCAGCCAUGCCAGUUGCCGACAGACAGAGUGCUCCUGAUUCAGCUAUGGCAUCUACACAUACAACACCAACAAUCAGGAAACGUAGUCAAAGUCGGAAACCAGUCGUUACUGAUGACAUUCAAAUCGUCGGUCAAGCUGACAGUUUUGACAACUCAUGAUGUGUCUUCCGCGGGAUUUGUGUUAACACAUUAAACUUAUACACGUUUUAUCGUUAUUUUCUUUCGUAUGAGUAGUAGAAACAUAGAAGUUUAUAGGUAACGAAUUGCACACAGCAGAAUACAAAAUUGCGGUGAUCAUUGCAAAUGCCG